AUGCAUCUCAUUCUUACUGGCGCAACGGGCCUGGUCGGCUCCGGCGUCCUCGACGCCAUGAUCAAGAUGAAGGACGUCACGAAAAUCUCAGUCCUCAGCCGGAGACCGAUCAAGAUGGCGGAGGACGUGAAAGACCCACGGCACGCGCUGAACAGUCCACCCAGGGAAUACGUCAGGAUCACAAAGGACUUCACCCUCCGCGCAGCAGAAGCCUUCCAGGCCCUCGGCUCGGAGGAGCAGCCCUUCAACUUCGUCUACGUCUCGGGCGAAGGGUCGACCACCAGGCCGGGCCGCCUCACGCCCACCUUCGGGCGCGUAAAGGGCGAGACGGAAAGGGCCCUGGCAGAGAUGCGCAGGGCCAACCCGAGCUUCCGCGCGUCGUCCAUCCGGCCCGCGUUCGUCGACGCCGCGCAGCACGACGCGAUAAGGCCGUACGUCCCGGCGACGGGGGCGGCGUGGAGGGCGAUGCUGGCGGUGGUGGGCCCGCCCAUCAGGAGCCUCGCCAAGGGGAGCUGGAGCCCCACGCUGCCGAUGGGGCGGUUCAUGGCGGAGAUGGCGAUGGGGAGGUGGGAGGACGGGAUGAGAGCUGGUGGGCCGGCGGUUGAGAGGAUUGGGGACGCCAUGAAGCUCCUCAACUGCACCACCCUUGGGAUCGAAGAAUUCUUCGGUUCAUCAGUCCCUCAAUCAUGUGCCAUCCUAUCCCACCGCUGGGAAGCCGGCGAAGUCACCUACCAAGAAGUCAUCAACCUCCAAGGCCUAGAUCAGAAAGCCGGGUGGGCGAAGGUCCGCGAGGCUUGCCGGGUCGCCCACUCUAAGGGCUACAGUUACGCAUGGGUGGACACUUGCUGCAUCAACAAGCAGGACUUGACAGAGCUCACCGAGGCGAUAAACUCCAUGUUCAAGUGGUAUGCCAAAUCCGCUGUCUGCUUUGCCUACCUAUCGGACGUGCCCCCCGGCCAGUCAUCAAUAAAGGACUCGCUAGAAUUUGAGGGUGCUAGUGCCCUGAUUUUCACCAAAGACAUCACGUACAACCCGGAGGUGAGCUACGCAGAAGAGCAAGCACAAUACUGA